UGAUAUUAGGUUUCUCAAUGAAGGAUAUGGGUUAUCAUAACUUUAAGUAGUCAUGUAUGCAAAUGGUUUUAUCCAUUCUGAAAUAAAACUAUGUCAGAAAAAUACGAGGAAUAUAUAAAUCAAUAAAGAGCUUCUCGGAUGUAGUGUUAUAUUCCUGAAUGUUUUUCAUCAAAAUAAAAAAGUUCUCAUGUGUUAUCAUUCGGUUGUACUGUGAAGAGACGAUAGCGGGGUAUUUAAAUAACAGCACACGGAUAUUUAUACCGCGUAACACAAACACGUUUUCGAGGGGUAAUUUCAGUUUUAUUGGUCAUUUCAAAGUGGAUGAUCUUAGGAAGCGACACGGUUAUUACCAUUGUCCGGGGAUAGCUGGCGAAGACAAGGGAGAGCAUACAGAAAAUGUCGUACAAACUCCAAACCUUCGACGCAAUCAGUGAUCCAAAUUCUCUAGCAACAAGCCAAGAUGGACUAUAUACUGCGACAUCUGGGUCUCACCGAAAAUCAGGAUGUUUUGUGUCCACAAAAACAGGAUUUAUUCUUACUUUUCUUACCAUGGCAACGAUCGCCAUGGUUGGGGUAAUUGUGACUUUUGCAGUGCCGAAAAAUAACGACCAAAGUGACUGUAACUGCGCAGCCACUCAGGCGCCUGUGGUGGGGAAUCCGGACUGCACCACCCAAAGUACCCCCACGACACAAGCUCCGCCCUCUACAUCUACAUGUCCUGUGUGUCCUGAAUGCACCGUGACGACAGCGCACACACCGGAUAUGACAUCAACGACAACAUCUUUGACAACCAUGCCACCGGAAGUAACAACAUCCAUGCCUGAAAUGGCUAAUUAUCGUUUACCGACCUCCUUGCUUCCUGUUCACUACACUGUGAUACUACGCCCUGAUUUCUAUUCAAAAAAUGUCUCCCUUUUCUCUACACCAGGUUAUGUAAAAAUUGUGAUAAACUGCACAGAAAACACCAACAACAUCACGCUACAUAUCAACAAAAUUAUAUUCGACAACUCAACCGUGAAAGUAAAUCAUGUAGAUGGAAAUCCAGUGAGUGUAUCCAUGGUAACGGAGAAUAAAGAUCUACACUUCCUGAUUGUGCACACGUCUUCAAUGUUGAUGGCGGGAAAUAUGUACACGUUCGAAAUGAAUUUCACAGCAGCGCUGGUGGACGAUUUAGCCGGACUGUACUACAGCACAUUCGAUCGAAACGGAACCACAAUGUACCUCGCCAUCACACAGUUCCAGGCCACGGACGCCAGAAAGUCGUUCCCCUGCUUUGACGAACCGGCCUUCAAAGCUAAGUUUAACAUCACACUGGAACGGCGGAAUGAUACGGAAUUCGGGGACUACAUUACCCUCUCCAACAUGCCUCUGAUCGACUCCUACUACACGGACAACGGUUUCAUUGCUGACGUCUUCGCAGAGACGGUUGUCAUGCCAACCUAUCUUCUGGCCUUUGCUGUCUGUGAUUUUAAGUACCUGUCUAACGUCACUACAAACUGGACGAUGAAUACGUAUGCGUCAGAUGAAGAAUACCGGAAGACAGAGUUUUCCCUUGAGGUUGGAGUUGAAAUGCUAUGGGGAUUUGAAAAUUACUUCGAGAUCCCAUUUGUGCUUUCAAAAUUGGACAUGAUCGCCAUUCCUGACUUCGGGGCCGGUGCCAUGGAGAACUGGGGACUGAUCACCUACAGAACACAGUACAUGCUGUAUGACCCCAACGUCACCACGGCCGGGAUAUACCGAUUCGUGGCCGUCAUUGUGGCCCACGAACUGGCACACAUGUGGUUUGGUAAUCUGAUAUCGCCCCAGUGGUGGGACGACUUGUGGUUAAAUGAGGGAUUUGCUUCGUUCUUCGAGUAUAUCGGAGUCAACUUCACAAGACCAGAAUGGAACAUCCUUGACGCCUUCGCUAUAGAAAACAUGCAUCCCGCCUUUGGAGUGGACAGCUACCCCACAUCUAGACCGAUAUUUGCCUCAAGCGUAAACUCCCCGGCCGACAUCGACCGCUUGUUUGACACUAUCACAUACCAAAAGGGCGCAUCUGUGAUACGAAUGAUGUGGCAUUUCCUAGGGCCUGAGACGCUGCGCAAGGGAUUAUCUAAAUAUAUAAAAAGAAAAGAAUAUGGAAACGUUCGUCACCAAGAACUAUGGCAAGCUUUGACAGAGCAAGCUGGAGGUGACGGAAAAACCAUCGAUGUGCAAGAUAUAAUGGACACCUGGAUCCUCCAACAGAACUAUCCCGUUGUCAAGGUAACCUUCACCAACUCUAACAUCCGUGUGGAACAGUCUCGCUUCGUCCUUGGUAACGCCUCCGAUGGAUACCCAUCUCAAUUCAAUUUCCGGUGGACCAUUCCGUUCACAUUCACAUCGAGUCAAGAUCCUUCCUACGAUAACAAUACCAUCUACUGGCUGAACAAAACUGACGCUGCUGCAAGUUUUGAUUGGUCAAACAGUAUAAACACCAACACCGGUGAAUGGGUUCUUGCAAACGUCCAACAGUUUGGGUAUUAUCGAGUGAACUACGAGGAAGGCAACUGGAACGCUCUGAUCAGCCAACUAAAAAAUGAUUACAUGAUAAUUCACCCCAGUAACAGAGCACAGAUAAUUACCGACCUCAUGGCUCUUGUCAGUCUGGGUGAGAUGAGCAUUUCCCUGGCCCUCAGUUCCUUGGAUUAUCUGAACCAGGAGACGGAGUACGUGCCGUGGUACGCCGCUCUAGGAGAGAUUGGCUACAUCAGGAAUAUGCUGCUCACUAAACCGAUCUUUGGAAAGUUUGAGACCUACAUGAGAUCUAAGUUGGAUAUCAUUUUUGGCAAGAUCGGAUUCUACGGCGCUGAAGACGAAUCUAUGAAUGAUAGAUUGCUGAGGUCCUAUAUAGUUGGGGGCGCGUGUUAUUACCAUAACCCGAACUGCACCACUCAGGCUGUAGAGCUAUUUAACAGAUGGCUGGACGACGAAGCACAACUGAUCCCACCCGAUGUGAAAUCUCGCGUAAUGUGUACGGGAAUUCGCGAGUCUCGCUCCGAUACCUGGGACAAACUGUUUGAGAGAAUGGAAUCGCAGACACCGUCCGAUCAGGUCAUCAUUAUCAGCGCUCUAGGCUGUUCCAGGGAGCACUGGGUGCUAGAAAGAUAUCUGUCCUACGCUUUUGAUGACACCAAGAUCCGCCGACAGGACGCGCGUUCAGCGGUUCUAGCUGUUAUUUACAACCCCCUAGGACGGGAUCUUGGCUGGAACUAUCUUCAGAGAAACUGGAAACACAUUACCGAAGUAUAUGCAAUGAGUGGCGGGAAUAUCAACAGGAUUUUGGGAGGACUGGCAUCCAGGCUGAACACGCAGUUUCAGAGGGACGAGCUUGCCAACUUGAGAGGGACAUUAGAGGCGGACAGUCGGUUCUCUCCAUUCUUCGAUAACGCCCUACAGGAUGUCGACCGGAACGUGGACUGGUUGACGAAACAUUACAGCGAACUCGAGACCUGGUUGUCUUCUUAAUAGGAACUCAGGUCAUAUCAAGAUAUACGAGACAUCAAACUAUAAUGUUUAGAAAUAAUUAAAACGUGAAAAGUAAGAGACUAUACAGUCUACUCCGGAUAAACUGGAAUUCAGGGGACGAACUUGAAUUGUUCAUCAUAUCCAAAGUUCAAUAUAAUGGUGAACUUUAUAGAUAAUAUAACAGGAUAUCUAUUUAUACUUCAAUAUAACGGAUAGUUAAAUAUAAGCAACUCCAAUAUAAGUGGAGUAAACUGUAUAUAUCUGUGUCAAGUAAUGCAGUUAUUCUACAAAAAAGAAAAACCCACAACCCCCACCCCCAAAAACAUUUAUGCAUGUACGUGCUAUAGCUCACUUUGUACAGUGUUUUCUAUAUCCAGCAAAAUAUCAAUAUGUUAUGUGGACAUUUUAGCAACUGCUCACGUCUUCUGACGAAUCGAUAAUGAAUGAAUUGUCCAGUAUUUUUUCACCAAUAGAAAUGUUAUACUAGGGCACGUUUCAGUGUCCUUUGUUAAAUUUUACUGAUGUUCUAUAUUACUGUUAGUUAAUGAUGGAGCUUUUGUUUGUUUUUUGUUUUUUGCGCGGUUUCGAAUUACACAAGAUAAACUAGAUACUAAUAGCUGGCACCUCAUGUGUGGUGGUUCACUCAUUUUCUUCUUCAUAUUACAAGUGUUUUUGUAUAUACCCGUUUCCUGUGUACAUGUGUAUCCUAAAUUUUUUAUAUAUGUAUCAUGUAUCUCGUGUUUUACAGUCAUCUUAAAGUCCAUAUUGACAUUGUAUUCGCUUUGAUAGUAUAUUUUUAUCUACUAGAAACAAUUCGAAAUUUCCCUGAGUUUUUACAAACUGUUUCCUGCGCAUGUGCGUGUGUCGUCCAUAACAAGGUUGCGAAUUUGUCAGUGAAAGGAUUAAAAUCUUGGCAUGUAAUGUAAAACAAGCAUCACAGUGAUACAAAGAGCAUCGUAAUGUUUAGGUUUUUGAAAGACACCUUUGAGAACGCUGUAUUAAGAUUACUACACGAUCACGUGAUAUAGUAUUUGUAACAGGUCGGUUAUUGGAAUAGAGAUAGAGAUUUAAUGCUUUUUGGUGUCAAAUGUCAUAUAUAUUUUAUUAUAACUCUGUAACUCAAGACGUCUUAUGGCAUACUGUGGAAUAAUGAGAUUUCUUGGGGACUCAAUUUUCGUGGUCCCCCACCCUACGAAUUUCAAACUACAACUACCUGUAAAUAAACAAUUUAUAUAGCGUUUCAAUAUACAGAAACCGUGUGUACAAAAUUACAUCCCAACGAAACUGCAAAAAUACUGACUAUCUAUGAAAAUUGCCCCCCACGAAUUUAGAGUAAAAGAAUAUAUAGGACAUGGUGCAUAGCCUUGGUGGGAUUUUACAGACAGGAAAUGCUAUAUAAGAAAUUGUAAGAUUCAGAGGUCAAACGUCAAAAUCCAAGGUCAUGGAUGAAUGUUGCGGACGGAAUAGAAAACAUACACAUGUAUGGUACUUACAUAUUAACUAGAAGUAAGUCAACAGUGUACCAAGCAUUCUGAUUCUGAAAAUCAUAGUUGUCAUCUAAUCAAAAAUUUAUCAACCCAUAUUAGGAAUACUUUGUCUAUCAUUAAGAAUGGAAAGGAAAUUAGUGUUAGAUGUUGGAGUCCACAGACAAAGGUGAAGGCCGCUGUUAACUGUGUUGUUACGUAUGUCUGCAAAAAAUAUACGUGAUUAGGUAUAGAAAAUAGGAAGUCGUUUCCCGGCACAAGAACCAUCGCAGCGUAAAGGAUUAGACAAAGUCUUCCACGUUGAGAUUUCACUCUUCUGUUAAAUGUGUUAUGCCUCGCUAAACUGAAACUGUCUGGUCUAAGCCAAUCAGUAAAGAUAAAACACUUUGGUCUAAGCCAAUCAGUUGAGAUAAAACACUUUGGUCGAAGCCAAUCAGUAGAUAUAAAACACUCUGGUCUAAGUCAAUCAGUAGAUAUAAAACACUCUGGUCUAAGCCAAUCAGUUGAUAUAAAACACUCUAGUCUAAGCCAAUCUGUAGAUAUAAAACACUUUUGUCUAAGCCAAUCAGUUGAUGUAAAACACUUUGGUCGAAGCCAAUCAAGUAGAUAUGAAUGACUUUGGUCUAAACCAAUCAGUAGACAUGACACACUCUGGUCUAAGUCAAUCAGUAGAUAUGAAACACUCUGAUAAGAGGUCAUGAUGUGAAUGCAUGCUUUACUUUGCGGCGCGGUCGUUAAUGUUAGACAGGACAGUUUUAGUAGAGCUCUGUAUGUUUGUGUUUUUAUUUCACCUUGAUUAUUGUUAUAAUUAUAUAGAUAUGCUCCAUUGCAGCUAAUGUACAUUUAUAAGACCAUUAUUGUUUGAUAAUUAAAAUGAUUUAUUUUCUUUUAAAUAAAAUAUGAAUAACUUU